GCUCUAAGAAGUCAAAGACGCGAGCGGUGUUCAGCUGUCUUGGGCCUUUACGGUUUGUACUGUAUACAUAUAAAACAAACCGAAACAACCUUCAUUGUGUUCUUAAAUACAAGCGCGUAUGUGCCAUGUCAACCUGAUCUCAACGCAGGGCUUUACAGAGAAGACGCGGAAGACGUUUGGAGAAGCGAUUCCUGUUGGAAGUUAGUUUGUGGCUACUUUUAUAACUUGCAGAAGCAAAGACUGGAGAUCCUCACCAGUGUCUCGGUAAAAGCAAUUGACUUGAGAUGUCUGUCAGCAACCACGAGAAUCGGAAGUCGAGAUCGAGCUCCGGGUCGAUGAACAUCCAGCUGUUCCACAAGUCCUCGCACGCGGACAGCCUGUUGACGCAGCUCAACCUCUUGCGGAAGCGCUGCCUCUUCACGGACGUGGCCCUGCGGGCAGGGAACCGGACCUUCCACUGCCAUCGCGCGGUGCUGGCCUCCUGCAGCCGCUACUUUGACGCCAUGUUCAGCGGCGGGCUCAAGGAGAGCCGGGACGCCGAGGUGAACUUCCACGACUCCCUGCACCCGGAGGUCCUGGAGCUGCUGUUGGACUAUGCUUACUCGGCCCGGGUCCUCGUCAACGAGGAGAACGCAGAGUCUCUCCUGGAAGCCGGAGACAUGCUCCAGUUCCAUGACAUCCGGGAUGCCUGCGCCGAGUUCCUGGAGAAAAACCUGCACCCCAGCAACUGCCUGGGGAUGAUGCUGCUCUCGGACGCCCAUCGCUGCGAGCGCCUCUUCGAGCUCUCCUGGAGGAUGUGCCUGGCCAACUUCACCUCCCUCUUCAAGACCGAAGACUUCCUUGGCCUCCCCAAGGACAAGUUCCUGGAGCUGAUCCUGAGUGAGGAGCUGGAGGUGGAGGACGAGAUCCUGGUGUACGAGGCGGUCAUCGACUGGGUGAAGUACGACCUGGGGCGACGGCACGAGGACCUCCCGGAACUGCUGCGCUGCGUGAGGCUGGCCCUGCUGCCCGAGUCCUACCUUCUGAAGAACGUGGCAGCCGAAGAGCUGGUGGUCGGCCACAAGCUGGGCCUGGAGAUCGUGGAAGACGCCGUUAGGUGCAAGAUGAGGAUCUUACAGAAUGACGGGGUGGUGACUGGGUUUUGUGCCCGCCCCCGCAAGGUCAACCAGGUGCUCCUGCUUCUGGGCGGCCAGACCUUCAUGUGCGACAAGGUGUACAUGAUUGACCGCAAGACCAAUGAGAUCACCCCCAAGACGGACAUCCCCAGCCCACGCAAAGAGUGCAGCGCCUGUGCGAUCGGCUGCAAGGUGUACGUGACCGGCGGGAGGGGCUCUGCGAAUGGGGCUUCCAAAGACGUGUGGGUGUACGACACCCUCCACGACGAGUGGUCCAAAGCGGCGCAAAUGUUGGUGGCCAGGUUUGGCCACGGAUCAGCUGAGCUCGAUCACAUGUUGUACGUGGUUGGCGGCCACACUGCCGUGGCUGGCUCGUUCCCUGCCUCCCCGUCCGUGUCCCUCAAACAAGUGGAGCAGUAUGACCCCCAGACCAACAAAUGGACCCUUGUGGCACCUCUCCGGGAGGGCGUCAGCAAUGCUGCAGUGGUCGGGGCCAAAAUGAAACUCUUUGUCUUCGGUGGCACCAGCGUCAACCGGGAGAGACUGCCCAAAGUCCAGUGCUUUGACCCUUGUGAGAAUCGGUGGAUGGUGCCCACCUGUUGCCCUCAGCCUUGGCGCUACACUGCGGCGGCCAGCCUGGGAAACCACAUCAUAGUGAUCGGAGGGGACACUGAAUUCUCAGCCAGCUCAGCCUACCGCUUCAACAGUGAGACGUACCAGUGGUCGAAAUUUGGCGACGUCAUGGCAAAGAGGAUAAGCUGCCACGCGGUGGCGUCGGGGAACAGACUAUAUGUAGUGGGUGGCUAUUUUGGCGCCCAGCGCUGUAAAACAUUGGACUGCUACGAUCCCUCUACAGACACUUGGGACAGUGUCACCAGCGUGCCAUACUCGCUCAUACCUACUGCUUUCGUCAGCACUUGGAAAUACCUCUCUUCCUAGAACGUCGGGAGGACACCGUGUGUGGAAGAACUUUAUUGCCAGAGAUGUCUGGAAUUUGACGGCGCGUCUCACUGUCCUUCUGCAAUGUGAAGACACCAGAUCAGAGACAAGUGGGCUGGACGUUCUGAAGACUGUGGCGCAGUGACUGUGGACGCUGAAGCACUUUGGUCCUGGUUCCAUGUAGACCCGUUUGUACACUGGGCUUUGUGAUGUCCAAUGGAAUGUUCUGCAAGCUUCUGUAUUGUACAUUAUGCACUAUGCAUAUUCUUGUCGCUGAGUGUAAAUUAAGUGAGAUGGUUUUGGGAUUUCCCACAGGAAUUUGUCUUUUUUAAUUAACUGUUUUAUUCCAACCCUGCAGCAGAUGGUCUUUUUAAAGUUAAAUAUACUGC